AGUUGGGUUAUUAGAUGUCUCCAUGAAAACAUAUUGGCGUUAUUGGCACUACUUAUACAGCACAAUGGAGAUUUAUAUUUCAAUUACACCUAUGUGCUUGAUAAUAAGGAAAUGCGCAUCCAGUAUUUAUUCUGAAAUUCUGUUGCACAGCAUCUUGCAUGAUUAAGCGCUUGUUGGUAACUAGUAGUUGUUGGGACCAAACAUUUAGCUCUGGAAUUUAAAUUGGGGUUUAUUCUUGUACAUAAUGCUUGCAACUAAGAUAUAAAAACGUGUUCCUGUGUGAAGCGUGUGUUUUAUGUAGGGAAAAUUGUGCUUUUAUUUAUAGCAGACAUUCAGUUGGUAAACUACACAAUCUGUGGUUUUACAAAUGAUACUUAAUACUUAUUUUUUAACCUAAAAUAGCACCAAGGUCGAUUUCAAACAGGAGUGUAUAGGCGCGAGCGUACACGCGCCAGCACGCGCAGGCAGUCGUCCUCCAGAGGUGCAACGGCAGCUCACGCUCCCCAGCACUGUUUCUCUUAUGUGCUGUCACAGUGCAGACAGAGGUUGUAAACAUGGCGACGGACGGGAUGGUGCUCACCAAUCACGACCAUCAGACCCGAGUGGGAAUUCUAACAGUCAGUGACAGUUGUUUCAAGAACUUGGCUGAGGACAGGAGUGGGGUCAACUUGAAGGACCUGGUUCAUGAUCCGUCACUGUUAGGUGGGGUCAUUGCAGCCUAUAAAAUUGUUCCUGAUGAGAUUGAUGAAAUCAAGGAAACUCUUUUGGAAUGGUGUGAUGACCAGGAGCUUAAUCUUAUUCUCACCACAGGAGGAACUGGAUUUGCACCACGCGAUGUUACGCCAGAGGCCACCAGAGAAGUAAUCGAGAGAGAGGCUCCAGGCAUGGCUCUGGCAAUGCUUAUGGGCUCCCUAAACGUUACACCACUUGGUAUGCUGUCCAGGCCAGUGUGUGGUAUCCGUGGUAAAACUCUGAUCAUCAACCUGCCAGGGAGCAAGAAGGGCUCUCAGGAGUGUUUUCAAUUCAUCCUUCCUGCUCUGCCCCAUGCCAUCGACCUGCUGCGCGAGGCCAUGGUCAGGGUUAAAUCCGUACACGCCGCACUCGAGCAGCUGCCUUCUCCUUCUUCUCUGCUGUCCAACGCACACACCAACGCGCAUGCCCACUCGCACACUAUGGAGCGCGGCACUCAGUGCGAGGAGGAGGAGGAUGAUGAGGAGGAAGACAGGCGGAGAGGUCGACAUGCACACCACCACCAUCAUCAUCAUCACCAGCAUGGCUCCUCCCACAUCACCGCAGCUGCUAUUGCUGCAAAGACAAGCCAUGCUGUGGUCAUGGCUAAGGGGGGUCCCUAUCUGCCUGGCAACACGCCUGCCCCUCCCACUCAUUUCACCUGCUCCUGCAGCCAUGACCAGCAGAUUCCGGACUCGAUCAUUUCUCGAGGUGUUCAGGUGCUUCCUCGAGAUUCUGCGUCUUUGAGCUCCACCCCUUCUGAGUCACCACGGGCAACACAGGCAACCUCCCGCCUUUCCACCGCAUCAUGCCCAACACCUAAGGUCCAGUCCCGAUGUGGCAGUAAUGAGAACAUCCUGAGAGCCAGCCACAGUGCAGUAGACAUCAGCAAAGUGGCACGACGCCAUCGGAUGUCCCCGUUUCCACUGACAUCAAUGGACAAAGCCUUCAUCACUGUUUUAGAAAUGACUCCUAUUCUGGGAAUUGAAGUCAUCAACUACAGAGACGGAUUGGGUCGAGUGCUCGCUCAGGACAUCUAUGCCAAAGACAACCUUCCUCCAUUUCCCGCCUCAGUUAAAGAUGGCUAUGCUGUAAGAGCUGCCGAUGGCCCAGGAGAUCGCUUCAUCAUGGGAGAAUCACAGGCUGGACAACAGCCCACCCACACGGUGAUGCCAGGCCAAGUGAUGAGGGUGACCACUGGUGCUCCCAUUCCGUGUGGUGCUGACGCAGUAGUCCAAGUAGAAGAUACAGAACUUUUGAGAGAGUCUGAAGAUGGCACAGAAGAAUUAGAAGUGAGGAUUAUGGUGCAGGCUCGGCCAGGACAGGACAUCAGGCCUAUAGGUCAUGACAUCAGACGAGGAGAGUGUGUGUUAGCCAAAGGGACACACAUGGGCCCAUCAGAGAUCGGUCUGCUGGCUACUGUGGGGGUGACUGAUGUCAAUGUGCACAAGUUCCCAGUGGUGGCUGUCAUGUCCACUGGAAAUGAGCUGUUGAAUCCAGAAGAUGACCUCCACCCAGGAAAGAUCAGAGACUCCAACCGUUCGACUCUGCUCGCGACCAUCCAGGAACAUGGAUAUCCAACCAUCAACCUGGGCAUUGUUGGAGACAACCCUGAUGACCUGCUCUCAGCUCUUCAUGAGGGAAUCAGUCGUGCUGAUGUCAUCAUCACCUCAGGGGGCGUCUCCAUGGGAGAGAAGGACUUCCUGAAGCAGGUGCUGGACAUUGACCUUCAUGCUCAGAUUCACUUUGGACGUGUGUUCAUGAAGCCAGGUCUUCCUACUACCUUUGCCACUGUUGACAUUGAUGGAACGCGGAAACUCAUCUUUGCUCUGCCAGGUAACCCUGUGUCUGCAGUUGUCACAUGUAAUCUCUUUGUGAUUCCUGCACUGAGGAAGAUGCAAGGCAUUCUGGACCCUAGACCCACCAUUAUUAAAGCCAGGCUUUCGUGUGAUGUGAAGCUAGAUCCUCGACCAGAGUACCAUCGCUGUAUUCUCACCUGGCAUCACCAAGAGCCGCUGCCCUGGGCUCAAAGCACAGGUAACCAAGUGUCCAGCAGGCUAAUGUCAAUGCGCAGUGCCAACGGCCUGCUGAUGUUGCCUCCGAAAACCGAGCAGUAUGUGGAACUGCACAAGGGAGAAGUUGUGGAUGUUAUGGUCAUCGGACGGCUAUGAUGCAGAUUUCAGUCACUGGAGACAAAUAUAUUGACGGUGCUGGGACUUUCUGCCUGGACAGGGGCAUCUAUUAGCUGUGAUGUCAUAUGCAACAGCCAAUUGGAGCCAGCAGACGUUGAAUCCUCAUAGGUCUGCAUUGAGAAGAUUUAAGAAAAAAAUGUGAAGGAAUAUACAAAUGAGAUUUAUUCUGUAAUAUUAUAUAAUUCUCCUGAUUAUAAUUAUUAAUAUUCGUACUUCAUCUGAUAUUAUUAUGGUUCUGAUUGAAUAUCAUCAUCACUCUAGUAGUAAUCACAUUCUUGUCUCUCGAGUUCAUUUGCUUUGUGCGAUCAGCACUUUUCCUUCGUGGAUCUAGUGAUAGAAAAUGACUCCGUUCCUCUGCUUAUGCCACACGCUCUUUUGUCUUCUUCGUUUCAGCUCUUCCGUCUUCCAUCCCUCUCAACACAGCCUUUUGUAGAAUCCCUUUGCAAUUGAUUGAAAACCGUUCCCCCUGACUUUGUUUGUCCGACCCCAAAAAUCAAAACAUCAGCAACGAUGCAUUGUAUUACACAAUAAAACUGGUGACUCACUGAAAGCAGUGGAUCAUUAGCAAAGUCUUACUUGAAUGACACUUGACAACCAUAAACGCAGCAAAUACACACCUAAAAAAAAAAAUGGUGGAAGUUGUUGGCUGUUCUUAGUGGCUCCUAACUGGCUUGAUUUCAGGACCCCACUUGGAAUAUUUUCUCACUGUGGUAGGAAGUGCGAUGUGAUGAACGCAUUUCAUCGGCUGACAAAUGCUAUUAAGAGUUUCCGUGUGGAGUUGCCCUUCAUCAUUUUUUUUGGGGUGGGGUGUUGUUUCGAGCAGAGCUUGCAAAUGACAAACCUAAUCAUGACCUAUUCUAAGAUGCUGCUGCUCCAUGUAGGUAAAAUUAUGAAGAAUUCAGGAUAUAGGAUUUUAACGGUCAAAACUGGCUGACGCUUGCGUUUGUUUGACCAUCCCUUUUUAAUGUCACUUGAAAACAAUCUUGACUUUGUAGAGGUCAAAUGCUGGAAAGACUUCUAAAGCAAACAUAGAAUAAAAAAAAACACAGACUUCUUAUUGGAUAUUUUUUAUGAUACUUUUUUAAAAUUAGAGAUGUCAGAAAUGUAUUGCACCCCUCUACAUUUGGAGGAUUUGGUGCCUUGCGCAAGGAAAAUGCUCAGGAAGCAGACAAAAAAAAACGAGCCCCCCUCGAAGAAAGAUUCCGAAAAAUUGGAACCUGACAACCCCUGAAUGGCAAUGCCCAGUCUUAUCGUUUGUUUUCAGUCGAUCUUUGUUUUUCAUUCAAAUCCUCUGUUUCUACUUGUCGUUCAAACAUUUUCAUGUAUACCUGACAAUAUUUCUGCGGCACCUCAACUUUUCGACAUUCACAUACACUUUCUGUAAAUGUGUGUUGUUUAGUUGAAGAUCCCUCCCUCUUCCCCAUUUUAAGCUAAGGCACCCAUUUUAAAUGAGAAUAAUGUCGGGAAAAAGUAUGAAUCCUGAAAUUAUGGCUAUCUUGUCUAAAUUUAUUGGUCGUUGACUGACAAAUUGAUGUACUUGGUGUGAAACCUGGACCUGUUGAUGUGAACACAAAGCUGAUGCUGUCAACUCAAAGAAAGCCAUUAUUAAUUUUGUUGUUUGAAUGACAACAGGCGGGUACACAAGUUUAUUUUGUUUUCUGCGAGCUUUGCCUGUCACUUACAGUCACUGACAAAGAGAUAUGUAUUUCACAAUUAAGUGAAAUUGGAUAAUUUCCCACAGCACCCUUGGUUGGGAAUCACUAGUCUAGCUACGUAAUGUUUCCUCUGCCUCGGAAAAAAAGAAAGUUGCGUUUAAAAAGUCAAAAACAACAAAAUUCUUAAUCCUUGAACAAGCUCUCUCUACUGUAUGCAGCCCAACAAAUGUGAAAAAGACUAAUCAUAUUUUAUCUGUUGCUUCAUAUGUGUUUAUUGAACUGAAUCAAACGUCAUCUCCUUCCAGAGGUGGGCAUUUAUUUUACGAAAUUUCGUCGUUCCGUCACCCACCAGCAGCAGCCUGGACACCUGUCCAUUAAAUUACACCCAAACGAAGAUUGUAUAUUUGUGUUGGUAUCCCAGAGCUUCGUGGUUUCAUCUGGAUCCGCCUCAUUAGCCAAUUACAGCCGGCGAUCACAUUUCCUCGCAGAGAUCCUAUUGAAAUUCAGGAGCACUCACUCUCUCACACGGAGAUUCAAUGCAGUUCCCUCGAAGACGACCCCCCCCACCCCCGCGACCAAACAAACGAGACGGGGGGGGGGGGGCUUAUUUCUCUCUUCUGUCGUCAGCAAAACGCCGUCGUUCAGUCAAUGAUGGACGCAGAUGUCCUUUGUUAUUUGACCUGGUUAGUGACGAUUACGCCGUUGAACGAAACCCACUUCAAUCAGUGCAUCGUCCUUUUUUUCUUCUCGUUUUGCGUCAAUCGUCAGCAAAGCGAGCGUCAGUACUGACGGAAUGUCCGCCUCCGUCAUUUUCAAUACAAAGUAGACCAGUUGACUGCGAUAUUGUCAUCUUUAGAAACUGACCUUGUAGAAUUUGCCAAAUAACAGCACUGUAAGCAAUCGAUAUUCACCCUUUGCCCUAACUUUGCUCCAAAAGUUUGUGAUUCUUCUUGUCAGUGUGAUCAGUGCCAAACGAUGCCGUCCAAAAGUUUUAAUGCUGCAUUCUGACGGUAGGAGAAAAGCAAGUUUGUUGCACAAGUAUUUUUCGUUUGAUGAAUAUUGUGACGGCACCAAGUUGCUUGUUGAUGUUUUUUCAUGAAUGGAUGCUUCUCGUAAUUGCUUUUGCUUCACUUGCCCAAAGGUCGAGAAUGCGAUUUUUUGUUUCUAUUUAUAUAUUUAUUUAUUUUUAAUAAAAAAAGAAGUUCAUGUUACCAUUGUCAUUUGUGAUAUGAAUGCAGCACGAGCGCUGGAGCUUGGACCCUUCUCUUGACUGCCUCUUGUGGUCUUCGUUCAGCCUCGCCCAAAAUUCCACAAACUAAUUCCUGCCUCCCCUCCAAGCUCUCACGAGGGGUGUGGUGCACACGUUGAGCAGGUUGCCGUAUGUCGGCAGGAUUUCUCUCCAAUAUUCAUGCUUCAUUUGUGCUUGUGUUUAUUUUGAUUGUACUAGACGUAAGAUGAUGUUGGACCAUGCUUCCUUAACCCUGUAGUGUGUGUAUAUCAGAAAUGUCCCUAAUACCUCAAAAUCAUCGUAUUUAUAUUGGGGGCUCAUGCUGCGUUCAUUUCAUAGUGUAGAGGGCAGACUGGAGGAAAGUGAGAGUAAAAAUGACAUGUCAUUUUAGCUUGCUCAAUGGUUGUGUGCGAUAAGUAAGUAGAAGUUAACAUAUUAGAACAAAAAAGUUCAGUGAAAAGACUUGCCAGGUUUUGCGCAAUUUAUAUUUACAUCAACACCGCUAUGACCUGAACACGGAUUACGAGCUCUUCCAGGCACCUGCCUAAACAGGCGGAAUCAAAGCCUGACAGAUUGAUUGGAGUAAGAAGCAGGUUAUUACAGCCUUUGUACUGAGUGAUUCUUAACACCUGACUGAAACCAGUCUCACAUUGCACACACUAUAAACUAUGACCAGCACUUGAAGCAAUUACACAGCAUUCUAUUACUGUAUAAAAUAUCAUGUAAAUUGUUUUUCUGUAAUGAUAUUAUUGAAACUGAAAAUGAAUUAAUAAAAUUAAUCCUGACUAUUCUGUA